AUGCAAGCAGGCGAAGCAGUCGGGGCCAUCAGUGCUGAACAAGCACAGCGUGAGGCAGACUUUGCUCAGUAUUCUGCUGAGCAUGAGGAUUCUAGAGAAGGACGAGAGGCCGACACGGAAGAUGCUGACUUGGAGGCGAUGAAACAGCGCGUGGCUGAAAUGGAAGCAGAAGCUGCUAAGCUUCGUGAAAUGAACGAGACAGCUGAGCAAGAUAUUCAAGGAAGCGCUUCAGUGGCUGCGCAUCCCACAGAUGAAGAGAAAAUGGAAGUGGACAGUCGCAGUAUCUAUGUGGGCAACGUGGACUAUGGUGCUACGCCGGAAGAAAUCCAGCAGCACUUUCAAAGCUGUGGCACAAUUAAUCGUGUCACCAUAUUGUGUGACAAGUUUACUGGUCAUCCGAAAGGAUUCGCAUACGUUGAGUUUGCUGACGCGAAUUUUGUUGAGAAUGCGGCAGUAUUGAAUGAAUCACUCUUUCGUGGUCGACUGCUUAAAGUAACGCCUAAACGGACAAACGUCCCUGGCGUAGGUUUUCGCGGACGUGGACGCGGACGCGGGCGUGGUGGCUGGUACCGUGGUGGAUUCCGCGGCGGAUACCGAGGCCGUGGCUCUUGGCGAGGCCGUGGCCGUUUUUGGUAA